UCAAUAAAUAGCGAUAAAGGUGCUUUCAGUGUACGUACUGUACUUUCUGAUAUCACACUCGACGGAGGCGUGUUCACGGUAGUUCCCAGGCAGUGGCACUUUAUUAAGAUACGAUUUCAAGAAGUAUCAUUCUAAUUGAAGACGUUGUAUAGUUAACUGCUUAUUCUCGUUAUACUUGAAGAAAUUACGGAAAAAUGGCUCUGUACAGCAGUUUAAAGAACAACUUGCAGUACGCUACGCUGAAGACUUUGUCGCUGGUCAGUAUCAGCGUCAUGUCGCCCCAGCAGAGCGUGCAGGAGCUGUUCCGGACGGCGGACUGCGUAUGCUUCGACGUCGACUCCACAGUCAUAAGGGACGAGGGCAUCGACGAGCUCGCCAAGUUCUGCGGCAAGGGCGACGAGGUCAAACGACUAACGGCGGAGGCGAUGGGUGGUAGUAUGACCUUCCAAGAGGCACUCAAGAAAAGGCUGGACAUUAUCAGGCCCACAGUCAGUCAAAUCAGGGAAUAUAUAGAUAAGAAUCCCGUACAUCUGACGCCAGGAGUAGCAGCAUUAGUCAAGGAGUUACACGAAAGAGGUGUGGCGGUGUACCUUGUCUCCGGAGGAUUCCGAAGCCUGAUCGAACCAGUAGGAGAACUACUUAAUAUUCCUCCAUCAAACAUCUUCGCUAAUAGGCUAAAAUUCUACUUCAAUGGAGAAUACGCGGGUUUCGAUGAGAACGAGCCUACGUCCAGGUCGGGGGGUAAAGGUCUGGUAGUGAGAAGGUUGAAGGAAGCCCACGGCUAUCAGCGGCUCAUCAUGGUCGGAGACGGCGCCACAGAUGCGGAGGCGAGCCCGCCAGCGGACGGGUUCAUUGGUUUUGGUGGCAAUGUAGUACGCGAAGAAGUGAGGAAGAGGGCAUCAUGGUACGUGACCGAUUUCCAAGAGCUGACUCACUCGCUCUCCAUUCAGUCCAAAUAAACGUCAAAUAUAGUAAAAAACAUGCAGUAAUGAACUCUAUUGUAUGGAUAAUAAAGAUCUGCAACCGCUCGCUGGCGAGUAUAACAGUUGCCACUUCUAACUUUUAGUACCUUGCCAGUAGAGUUAUUUUGACCUGUAUUGGAAGAUUAGUUUAAAUUAUAGCUAUUAGCGGGAUUGUUAUCAUGUACCUUGUUUACUAUGAGUCUCCGAUAUUUCGGCACUGUUGCAAGCGCCAUGGUCACCGAGUAACUGACUGGUACACGGUAACAAUCCCGAGAGCUAUAAUGUUAGUGACAAUGAAAUUUUAAAACUUUGAAUUAGUUUAAAUUGUUUGACAUUUCCAUGUGACAUUGUAUUUUGCAUGUUAGUGUCAAAAUUUGUCUGCAGAGUCAGACGUGUAGCUUUGUGUUUUUGUAGUAGUAGCGUUUUCUACUCAGUGCAGUUUGAAAUUAAUGGAAAAGUGUUGCCGUGCAACAAUUAACAAUAAUAGCAUUAAAUUUUAGGAAAAUUAUGUAAAUAUCGAAAUUUGUUAUUUGAUGGAUAUUAGUUUUGGGAGUGAUUGGGUGGUAUUGGUUCUUUACGUAUGAUCGCGGGAGUUGGCAAAGAUCUUUAGUGCGUUAAUUGCUUGAGCUCUUCUCUAAUAGUAGUUAUAAACUCUACGAACUGACAUGAUCUAGUGCAAGUGAUUUACGCGCUUAAGGUUCGAUCAUAAGUGCGUUAAUUGCUUGAGUUCUUUUCUAACAGUAGUUAAAAGCAACCAACUAUCAUGAUCUAGUGCAAGCGAUUUACACCCUUAAGGUUCAAAUGCCAACUUCUUCGGUUAUUGUGUCCAAGAACACGAUAACUUAGAUCGAACUGAGCUCAGGCAGCAUUAUAAAUAAAUAUUUGUUUAGUAUUUUUUGAUGCCAUGUCUAGCUAUUCGUGUUUGUUAUUUGUCAUUUUGACAGCAAAUUGUCCCUAUUGCCCUCUUUAAAGAAUGAAAAGAAGAAACUAUUGUCAAGUUUACAA